AUGAAGUUCUCUACCGUUUUUGCUGCUGCUGUCUUAGCUGGUGUUUCCCAAGCUGGUUGGGCUAACUCUACUGUCACUGACAUUCAAACCACUGUUGUCACCAUUACUUCUUGUUCUGAAGACAAGUGUCACGAAAUCCCAAAGACUACUGGUGUUGUUACUGUUUGCGAAGAGUCCACUACUUACACUACUUACUGCCCAUUGACUUCUGAAACCACCUCGUGGGUUCCAAAGCCUGCUCCUUGUACUACCAUCACUGUUACUGAAUGUGACACGGAAAGCAUCUGUACUUCUUACACCACCGAAACUGGUUACACUACUGUUUGCGAAGAGUCCACUACUUACACUACUUGGUGCCCAAUUCCUUCUUCUGAAGUUGUUACCUACUGGUACACUUGCCCAACUCCAGGUGUCACUACCACUUACACCGCUUCUGAAUUGUGCCCAAGCUGUUCUGAGGGUACUGAAUACGUUACCUACACCAAGGAAGUUCCAGUUGUUACCAAGUCUGAAAGCACUGCUGCUCCAUCCACUGUUGCUCCUAUCUCUAUUUACAGUGGUGCUGCUGAAAAGGUUGGUGUUUCUGGCUUGUUCCUCGGUGUAGUCGGUUUGUUCUUGUUGUAA